AUGGGAAAACCAAAUUCACUGUGCUACGCUGACAGGUUCAAGAGCUUCAAUGGUGACUAUGCUGUUUCCUCUGAGGAGCAACUUUUACCUAGGAGUCCAAACUUUGAUAUAUUGACUUGGUGGAAGUUAAAUGACCCUAAAUAUCCAACCUUGCAGAGGAUUGCUCGAGAUAUUCUUGCUAUUUCAGUCUCUACUAUUGCUUCUGAGUCUGCUUUUAGCACUACUGGAAAGGGGACGAUAGUUUCUCUUAGAGGACCCAGUUAUGAUUUUGAUUGGGAUCCGAUCUUUCAACCUAAUGGAUACCAGCAAACAAAAGUCAAUUCUUCCACUCUCAUUUCUGCUGUUUUGUCUUGGCAAUUCUUAAAUGAAGCUGAUCGCUGUAUGCAAAAGAUGCCUAAAGAUCAGAAGAAUGAGAUUUCACAUCGCUGUAAGGCUCUUGCUAUGCUGAAAGCCCACUUUGUCAAAGCUGGAUAUACAUUUCAGAUAGACACCUCAGUAUAA